GCCAGCCAAUCAAACGUUGCACACUCAUCCACUUUUGCUCUCGAGUUUGGUCACUCAGGCGUGCAGCAAAGGGAGCACUUAGCUGUUUGCAAUCUGGCUUGCAAUGCAUGGUGUGUUUAACAUUCUUAUUGUGAUAUAUUUGAGCUUUUUGAUAAUGUCCGCGGAAACCAAGCUCUCAAAUAGGCUGAAGUCCGUAGAUUACGAAAUUUCUGGACGUGUUCAGGGUGUUUGCUUCAGAAUGUACACAGAGGAUGAAGCUCGAAAACUUGGAGUAGUUGGCUGGGUUAAAAACUCCAGACAAGGAACUGUGGUUGGGCAGGUACAAGGGCCUGAAGAUAAAGUCGUUGCAAUGUAA